AGUUGAUAUAAACUAAAAAUAUUAUUUAAACUAAAGAUUUCUAAUAUAGGUUGUUAUUUGAAAAUCAAAAGUAGUAAAAUAACGUAACAUUUUAGAAUUACGUGUUAUAAAUGUUCUAAAAAACAAAAUUCCGAAAAAAGUGAACAGUUUGUGAAAUAAUGAAUGUCUUAUGUAUGUUGAUCACUCUGUACGUAGCAUAAUAUAUUUUCUGCUCGCGGGUCAGCGUGCGGUGACGGUCAAAUUCGCAUUUGAGGAGUUGACAUCCGGCACUCGGCAGUCGUAUAUUCGUAACCGUCAUUAUCAGCUAUCACUAAUCAUAUAUAGCGUUUAUCUUUAACCGUCGACAAACACGCGAGGGAGACGUCGAUGUUUUUCACGUAACGUAACCAAAACUAAUUGUUUUUAUUUUAAUUUUCUUGCCAAUUAUCGUUAUUGUUUGGUACAAUCGUUCCUGUCGGUGGAUUUUUGCGAAUUCCGUCGUUUUGAAAUGGUAGACAUCGAAAAUGUGCUGGUUUCCCUGGGCAUGGGCCGCUACCAGUACACGAGAUGUAUGCUGUUAGGCAUAAUGUUAUUAUACUCGAAUAUAUCACGAUUUACGUACGUCUUCACCGCCGGUGAUUUAAAAUACAGGUGAUGAAAUAUACAUUUUGUUCUUUUUUAACGUUAUCUGUUUAAAAUUCAAAGUCUGUCAAUCUAAUGAAUAUAUUAACUUUGUUGAGUCAGUUGAAAAAAGUUAGCAAGUAUUCCUUCGUUAAAUGUUAGUUGUUUUAUAAAUUAACCGAGGCAAAUUAAACGUUAGUUUUAAAUACUAAUGUAUUAACUUAAUUAAUUUAAUUCAAUUUUUUUUUGGAAAAAUUGCGAUUUCUGAACUAAACUAGGAGUCGUACUUCAAUGGGGGUUUUUUUUUUUAUUCAAUUGGAGCAAUCAAUGCCGUUACACAUUUCAUAACCCAGAAAUCAAUGGUGGCGACUGGCCGUAGAAAUCCGUAUACUAAACUCGUGGUUGAUACGUGGGUAUAUGAUGUGAAAAUAACAUAGACACAUGGCCGUAUGGUGGUAUUUAUACUAUUUUCUAACAAUUUAAUAUAUGUAUAUGUUUUAUGUAAGGAUGGUGUCACAUUACAACGGUUACGCCGUCCGGCGAAGACGUGACAAGUCACGGUUUCAUAGGACUACCGUCACGCCGUCGAUAAAAUGUGUAAACACGUUGUUUCUUAUCAGCUGUUACACUACAAUGGCAAUGACGUCCGGUAAUGGACUUUAACAUCUUUUAUUUCUUUCAAAAUACUGUAUUAGCGAGUAGCGCAGAAACAACCUGUGUCGUAGUAUUUACAUACCUAUUUAUUCUUAUAACGCAGUCCAAAAUGAGCGUGUUUGACACCGAAAUUUUCAUAAAUGAUCCAUACUUGAAAAUGUAUAUUUCAUUUUAAUUGGGAAUCAAUAUAUAUUUCUAGAUAUUUAAUAGAAUAAACUCUUUCAAUAUAAUUACAAGAACUAGCUGAAAUAUUAGUAAGACGAGAAGUAUUUUGGAUGCUUAAUUUCUGUUUUAUAUCACGAUUUAUAUUUUGAUUAAUAAAUAUAUGCUUAGUUUUAUUUAAGUUAAGCUUAAAAAAUUUCGGUCUAUCAAAAUCUGUCGUUGAAAGUAGGUGUUGCUAUUUAAAUAAAUGCAAAUUGUAUUGCGAAUGGGCACAAAGGGUUAAAAAUUUGAAAAUUGUAAAAAUAAUGUCUAUUUCAAUAUUUCAACUAUUUAAAAACACUUGAAUUCAAUAUCACUGGACAGAAUUAUUGAGUGUUACCUUUAAAAGGAAUUACACUGUAUACAAUUAGCUUGAUUUUUUUUAUAAAUGAUGCUUUACAUACAAUUUUAUAAUCGCUUCCUAUUAUUACCUGUUCCUGGAUCCACUCUGAAUAUGACUAAUACAUACACAAUCAAUAGGUUAGAACACUAUUGCGUAUGUCUGUAAAUGGAUUAAAGAAUUAGUAAAAAAAUAUUAAGACCUUUUUUUUUCAUGCAAACAACUUUUUUACCUACAAUUUUGCUCCAAUUUAUAAUGAUAGCGCUUUUUCUUAAAGGAAAUCUGACUGGGGAGGUACUUAAAGGAGGUCAUUUUUUGAUUUUCCCAGGAGUUUUCUCAGUAAAGGAGGAAAAUAGGAAAAUGUUCGAAAUGUAGGUAUUAGUAAAAAAAUAUUUUUUGUUUUUUAAUAUGUGUAUUAUAUAUUUUUUAAAUAUGACUUUGUUUUAGAAAAUAUUACAAUUCCUAUACAAGUGAAUAAUAAUUAAUAAUUAUGGUAGGUUUAUAUAUAUAUAUGAAUAAGAUGGAUUAUUGUCUUAGCCAGUAUGUUUUUGAUUACAUUGUUGGUUACAAGAUCGUAGCCAAGAGAUUUCCUGUGGGCCAAUUUUUUUAUUGUAUCUUUUAUUUCAGCAGGUGAGGUAGGUUAUGCAGGCAGGGCAGGCAGGUAGCGGUAAACGGAGUGACUUUGUGACCAUCUGUUGGUGCAGAGGUGGUGGUGAAAUUGAGUUUGGUAUAAUUACUGUUGAUAAUUCCUCGGCUAAAUUACGGUUUUUUUUUUCUGUGAACAACUUUUCUACCAGCAAUUUUGCUCCGAUUAACCCCCCAACGGGUAAAUCGGUAUCUAUCUACAAUAUUAAACAAACAUUAUUAAAGAAAAUAUAUAAUGCAUAAAUUAUAAUUAUUCUACCAUAAUAUGACAUAUAUAUUGUUAACAAAGCAAGUAUCAACACUAUCAACUAAACUCCGCUCAGAACCAUUUUCGUUAGCAAUGGUUUAUCGUUGGUUACAGAUAUAAAUUAAAUAACUUUAUGUACCUAUCUCUCCAACUAUUAACCUACAACAGUGGCUGCACCUGUUUUCAGUAUCAGCUCUUUUAAAUUUGCAGAUGUUCAUAUUUUGCCAAAUUUACCUCCUAUAACUUCCCAGCCCUAAUAAUAAUUAACUUGAAAAAAUUACAUUUUCUAAGAACUGUAACGUAUGCCUACUCACUUACUAAAAUUGUAGCAGGGCAUUUUGUCUUUCAUUUACCUAUGUUACUUUUCCGUGGGUUUCAGAUGCGAAAUACCGGAAUGUGAGGGUACAGAUCCCAUAAAACAAAUAUACGAUCAAGAGUGGUUGCGGUUUACGACGCCUUACAAAGAAGACACUCAACUGCCCUGCAAAUGUCAACGAUACGUCGCGUUGUCAGCCCCCGUCAACGGUACGCAAUGUGCAGCCAGCGCAUUUAACAUUAACAUUACGGAGGCGUGCUUUGGCCGUUGGGUAUUCGAAGAACCAGAGAACACCAUUGGCACAGAAGUAACCAUAUAUUGUAAUACCAAUGUGACGUGAAUGGCCGUCCUUAUAUAGAAUUAUUUAAUGAUACAAUAAUUAUUGUUUUUUUUUCGAACACGAGGUCCAGUGUCUAGGUCUUGUCCACUCAGGGGUAAAUCUGAAACUUAUUUAAGGGGGGGAUAGGAAUAUUUAUGAGUGAUAUAUAAAGUAAAUUAAAGACUUGCCAGUUGUUACACUAAUUUAUGAAAAAGAAGUACAACGCUUAUAAUUAAAUGUAUCAUUAAUUCAAUUUAUGUACAAAGAAAAUGGGCAACUUUACAUGUGAGUGCAGCCAUUGUUGUCGAAGAGAAUUUGGGAAUUUAGUAGAGUGGAGAUUUAAUGUAAGCAAUGAUAAAUCAUUGCUAACGAAAAAACGAUUCUGAGUAGAGUUAAGUUGAUAGUGUUACAUUGUCAUGUUUUAUAAAUGCCAUAUUAUGGUAAAAUACUUAGGUACAUAGGCAUUAUAUAUUUUCUUUAAUAAUAUUUGUUUGAUAUUAUUCCUAUUUUCCCAUGUUUUUUCAGUUUUUCCCAUUUAUUGGGAAAAUUAGUAAGAAAAUAAAAAAAAUGACCUUUUAUAAGUACCUCCUUAGUCAGAUUUUCUUUUAUUUAAAGUGCUACACUUAAAGAUUGGAGCAAGAUUUCUAGUAGAAAAGUUGUCUACAGAAAAAAUAAAUAAACAUUUUUGUAAAACCAUAAGCUUCUUCUCUCCAUUCAGAAUCUAAAAUGUAUUAUUCAAAAAUAUUAAUUACAAUAAUAAUUUAAUUUCUUUUUUUCGUUGCAAAUUUAUUAAUGACUUCUUGAUUCUUUUAUAUUUACAAUAAUGUCUUUAUGUGUGUGCAAUAAAGCCAAUCCAUUUAGUCUACUAUUGCCUAUUCGUGGUCUUAACAAUGUUUUUAAUCUAUAAAUGAAUACAAAUAAAAAAUAAAACAAAUAGAUUCUGUCUUCAAACAUACGCUCCCAAGUCAAACACUCUCUGUAUAGUAAAAAAAGCAAAUAAAUGGUCACAGAGUAUUUCAUUGUGUAUCAAAAAUAUUAAAUAAAUCUGUAAUUUAAAAAAACCUAAGGGAGAGGGUAUCACCACAAUGCCUCUCCCAUAAAUCCGCCACUAUACCCACUCCUCCUAAGGACGGCCCUAGUAACUUGGUAUAAAAUCGUUCACUAUUAAUAAUUUAAAUCAAUUUAAUUGAUUAUAAUGUAUAGUUUGGAAUUAUGUGUGAAGAGAACAAAUGGAAGUUAUCUAUGGUGGGAACAGUCAACAAUUUUGGUCAAUUCAUCGGGAUACCAAUAUCUGGUAUUGGCGCUGAUAUGUAAGCACAAUUUUUUCAGCUUGUAUAUUUAUAUCAUUGUACAUUCCUAAUGUACAUAAUGUCUAUAUUUAUUUUAUCAUAAGUAUUAAUGUUAAUUUAUUAUCUGUUAAUUUAUUGAUGUGAAUGAUUGUAUUAUUACAAAAUUAGUUAUUAAGGAGUUGAUUUUAUGUUUUGCAGAUUUGGUAGGAAGUUUACUUUGGUGUUUUGUGCAGUUACAUCAGCUGCAUUAAGUAUUAUCCAGUCGUUUUCCAUUAAUUAUGCAUGUUUUUUGGUUUUGGAAUUAUUGUCAUCAAUAAUUUCUAGUGGAAUUUUUUCAAUCACUUUUAUAUUAGGUACCUAUUUAAAAGUAAAUAAUAUCAUGUACAUUAAGUAUUUUCAUUAUAAAAUGUCUAUACAGUUGAAAACAACUAAAAACAAAAUAAUGAUUUUUUCUUCUAAUUUUAGCAAUAGAGUUUAUUUUGCCUGACCAGCGAAUACUCUAUUUUUCAAUCCUGGAAAGUUUUGUUCCUUUCGGAUUAACACUGGUGUCUCUUAUAGCCAGCCUGGUGAAAGAUUGGAGAGUUUUAUUGCAAAUAUUAAACAUCCCAGGGCUACUGUUCAUCUCAUAUUUUUGGUUCUUAUAUUGUAGAUUUAAAGUUUAAUGCUUAUAGUUGAUUUUCAGAACAGCAAUAUUGUUUUUAUUUUAUAAAUAGGCUUUUAGAAGAAUCAAUGAGGUGGUUAGAAAUGAAAGGUAAACACGACCAAGUGCUUAACGUCUUGAAAAAUAUAGCGACUAUGAAUAAAAAAGCCAUGCCUGAACCUCCUCAGAAUGUACAAAUGAAGGUAAUAUUUCAAAUUCACGUAACAUUAUUAUACAGGUUGUUCCACAAAGAUAUACCCUUUACCCUUUUAAUUUCUCUGGAGAUAAUAAAGAUAAUCAAAUUUUGAUUUUAGAUUCUUAGUGAAACAAGAAAUGUAUUGGUUUUUGGGCUAGACGCUUUUUUCCCAAGUUUCAGUAAUGCGAUUAUCUUGGCCUUCCUCUAAAUCAUAGGUAUUCUUUGAGUGUCAUUUAUGUUGUUGAUUAGGUUUAUAAUCCAUACUUUUGUUUUCGGUCCAAGAUUGCCGUAUUUGCUCUGUGUAUAUAUCAUCUGGUCCAGUUGCUUUAUGCUCUUUCAUACUAGUGACUGCGUUUUCAAGGUCUUCCUUAUCAAAAUGUUUACUUAUGGUUGGGGCCACACGAGCGUACAAAAUGCGUAGAUUCACACGAACUUUUUGAAGCGCGUCGUAGGACUACAUUAUCGGUUACGGGAGCAGGCACACGAGUAACGCGCGUUAAAAAUAACGCACGUCAACACGGAUGUCAAAUUUUAUCGACGUAUUAUCUCUUCGACGCACGUACAACGAACGAUGUGUUGGCUUAGCUUUCGGGUCAUUCCCAGGACUUCUAAUUAGUUCCCAAGCUUUCUUGCUACUAUGUCUCAUGUCUAUGUUCUCUAACAUUUCGCACCAUAUGUUUCUCCUUACUUCCGAUAUAGUUUCUAAUAUUUCCAUGCCCUAUUCUAUUGUAGCACUGAAGGGGUCUGUUUCGUAUUAGGUAGUAUAUUUGUCGAGCUUUUUUACUGAUUUCUGGCGUGAUUUCCGUUAUGUUUUGUUUUCGGCAUCCUCUAGGUAUAUGUCUUCUGGAUGUUUUCUUAACUAUGUCGAUGAAUAGAUCAUAGUUUGUCGAUGUGAGUGCUACAUUUUUAAUUUUUAUUUUCGUUUAGGUUUUCAGUAAAAGUUUUCCAGUUGGCUUUUUUAAAAUUAUAUCUCCUUUUGGAUAUUAUGGUAUGUCCCUUUAUUGCUGAUGUGACUUUACAUAAUAUGGGCCGAUGUUGGGUAUUGGGCACUGGUUGGUUUACCAAUUUCUUUCACAUACUGGGCUGCAAUUCUUUCGUUCACAAAGAUGUAUGUUAUCUAGAUUGUAACCUCUUGUCCAUCUCCCAUUAAGAUGGCGGAAACUUAUGAUCAUGAAUUAGGGUCAUUUUAUCUCUUUCUGUCUAGGCUUCUAAUUCGUGUCCAUCAUUGUUUGUCUCAGUAUAUCCCCAAUUUUGACUAUGGCAAUUAAUAUAUUAAAGUUCCUUGGCUGAUUAAACUCAAAGGUAGAGUUUGGGAGUUUGUGCACAAAGGUUACUGUGUAUUUCCCAAGGUCUACCAGUAAUAUUUCUACAUGAUUAAUUUUUGUUAUUUCUGAAAAUUUUACUUGGGUGUUAGGUUUGACAAAGAUUGCGCUACCAUAUUUUCUAUAGAGUCGUAGUGCUGCUAAUUUCAUAUCAUUUAUCUUAAGUAUUUUCAUAUCUACGUCUCUGUGCGUCUUUUGAGGCAGAUCACAUCACAGAAAUGGGUUUUACAUAACUCUGCCAAAACUUUUGUUGCUUCACAGUUGCUUCGGAUGCACCACGUAAAGGUUUUUUCAUUGUAUCCGAUAAUAUGACAUAAUACCAUAUAUUGUAUUGUUGACAAAGUAACAUUAUCAAUUUAAUUCUGCUCAUAAUUGCUUUUUCGUUAGCAAUAGUUUAUCGUCGUUUACAGAUAUACAUUAAAUUACCAUCUGUAGCCUACAUUCCCAACUUCCCACCCACAACAGUGGCUGCAUCCACGUGCGAAGUAUGUCCGUCUUUUUUUUAUAUUACUCACAUGGAUGAGGACUACAAAUACUUAUUUUUGAAGAUUUUUUUUUUUUUAGUAAAAAAAUAACUUUAUUUUAUUAUCUUUUGAAAAUUUUAAGCUAGCUAUUCUAUAGAGUUUAUUUUUCUGAAAAUUUUAAUGCAUCGCACAUUUAUAUCCAAUGAAUAGUUUCUAAGUGGGUAACAGCUGUUUUAAAUUCUACUAAUCCGUGUUGAAAACGGAUGUUAUCUAGGAAUAACAUAACCGCGUUAUGCGAUAACAUCAGUUAGGUUAGGUUAUUGAAUUUAAAAAGGCUGUUACUUAGAAACUAUCCAUCAGAUAUAAAUGUGUAAUACAUUAAAGUUUUCAAAAAAUAAUAAAAUAAAGUUAUUUUUUGACUAAAAAAAAAAAUGUAGUUCAAUUAUAAAUAUUUGUAGUCUUCAGCCCUGUGAGUAAUACAAAAACCAUAGAAAUUGAUUACCUUUAUUAUUCCCAGGGAUAAUCAAGGGGUAUAUUUUUCUGGGACAGCCUGCAUAUAAUUUAAUUAUUUUAUUAGUGCAACAAUUGUUUUUGUUGUUCUUUUAACUGGUAGAUUCCAUUAUGAAGAUGCCUAUUGUAAUACCAUUAAAUAAUAUUUUGGUUUUUACAGAAGUUGGAUGGUGUAGAUGAUACGAACGACCCUAAAAUAAGUUCCAAUAAUUUUAAAGAUAUGAUUUGCUCUCAGGCUAUAUUCUGGAGAAUGAUCAGAUGUUCAUUGUUAUGGUAAGAUAUCAAUUAGUAUAUUAUUAAUUAUUACCUAUUUGUAUCACAUCGUACUGUAGUAUAUUAGCUAAUAAUCUAUAUGCAUCUAUGACUUGUGCAAACAUAAUACUAUCCAUCAACUACAUCCCUACAUGAUGGAGUUUUUUUUAUUUUUACAGGGUAAUAGUAACUCUAAUAUAUUAUGGACUGACGAUAAAUUCAAUAGACAUAGAUGGCAACAAAUAUUUAAAUUUCUCAUUGACCUCAUUUAUCGAAAUUCCAUCGUGCCUGUUAUACUGUAUAAUUUUGGAUAAGAUGUCCAGGAAAAUGUCAUUGUCCUGCAUGUUUUUAUUGACCGGCUUCACUUGUGUCGUGUUCAACAUUAUACCUAAAGGCAAGUAUCUAUAUUAGUACUUGUUACUUGCAUUAAUCACUCGCACCUUCUAUGUAAAAGUAGUGCGAGUGAACUGAGGUCAAAUAAACCACGAAAAACAGUUUGAUUUUUUGAUGUCACUUUUUCACUAUGCCCAAAACAAAGGAAGUUUAGGUUAUGCACAUAAAGGUUAUUUUCACAAAAUUUAAAAUAGUUUAAAACCCACAUAGCCAUUUAUGUUUUUAAAGUAAUCGGAGUUGAGGGAUUUGGAUGUUCGAUCCGUGUUGAAUGUUUAGAAUAUUAUUAUCACACUGCGAUUACCGGUUUAAGAAUUUGAGACGAAAUAUUUUUUCAAUUAUUAUCAACAUUUUCCAUUACAAUACUAAAUUCUUUGAAUACAAAUUAUAAUGAUUACUAUUUACUAUUACAAAUAUAACUGUAAAUUAUAUUUUAAAAAUGUCCAUAGGGAAGGUAAUCAUCAUACCUUAGUGUGAUCACCAAGCCUCUACUUCUAGUUAGUACUAUUUAAAAUACAUAAUAUAACUAUAACUAUGUUAUUAUAAUAUUAUUUUGAUUUUUUUUUUUGCACAACAGAAUUCCACUGGAUAAAGCUGUCGUUUUACCUGAUUAGUAAACUGACCAUAUCCGUUGCGUUUUCCAUUGUCUACUUGAUGACAGCGGAAAUAUUUCCUACACAAUUGCGUGCUACCAUGGUAUCCAUAUGCUCAAUGUUCGGUCGGAUCGGAUCUAUGUUGGCGCCACAGACCACGUUGUUGGUAUACAUAUUAUAACUAAUUAAGUACCUAUAUUUAUUUAAGAUCUAGUGAUAAUGGUAAACAUACUUACAUAUAAUCAUAAACUUGUAUUCAUUCAUGACGGAGCUGUUUACGGGUUAAGUAAACUUAUAGCGCAAGACCCAAUACUAAAAUAUAACUUUUUUGACCAAUGUGAUGUACUUAACCUGAGAUUUUUGUGAACGUAAUACUAUAAUAAUAAUAAUAUAUUCACCUGGGUCGUGUAAUCUUAAACACAUAUAAAGAGGCACACAACAUAGGCAUAGAGGCAUAGCACUUCAUGGUUGUUAGUUUCAGUCAUAGAUUAAAUAGACGGAGACAGCACAUAUAGAUGUGGGGUCCUCUUAAGUUAUUGUUUGUACCGAUUUGUUUUUUUUCGUAGACUCAGUUUUUUGGUGGCUACAUUAUGAUGGCCGUAUUCAGUUCGGCCUCAGUCUUAGGAGCUGCCAUCAUCACCACAUUGCCGGAGAGUAAAAAUAUACAAUUGCCAGACACCAUUGAAGAAGCCGAACAGAUCGGGAAUCAAACCGAAAGAGGGCGAGAAAAUCGAGAUUAUAAACAAACAUUUUGAGUGGUCUGAUGUCAUCUUUUAAUGGGAGAAAUGAAUAUUUUAUAUUUCAUUUUAAUUUUUUUUUUUUUUACCCAACACAUUUCUUGUUGCUCUUUCUAUUUUUGAUAAGAAUAAAAAGAAGAAAAGAUUUGAAUAAUUUAUUGACCAUGAAAAUCACAAAGCAAUAAUUAUUUCUUAAUUAUAUUACUAUUAUUAUGUAGCAUUGUAUUAUCUAUUUAAAUCAGGGUCUAAAAUUAUGUGCAUUGUACAGUACUAUGCUGUUUACUGUUAGUAUAGGUAGAUAGUAUUAGGUAUUGUUAUAUUUAUUUAAUAAUUACUUGUUUUCCCGUAUGACUUUGUUUGUAUAAGUAUUGAACGAAAAAUAUAAAUGAGUUUUCAUAUAACUCUUGUUUCCAUAUCCAGACCUAACAUUGCAAUUAACCGUUAUUUCCCGUAAAUUUUUAAAAAUUCAUUUUUUUUUUCUUUUAGGGGUUAAAUUUUGAGUAAAUCCUUUCUUACUGAUUGCCUUCUAUACUUGAUUUGGAGGAUCGAGCCCCUCUAUUAAAAUCUAGGAUAUAAACUUUCCUUGAGUCCAAAGAAUAUGUGUGCAAAAACUGGUACUAAUCGCUACAAUAGUUUUUUAAGUCUAUGGAUCACAAAUGAAUAUUCAUUUUUAUAUAGUAGAGAAUAGAUAACACAAAUGUGAUUUUUCAAAUAAUGAUUCAUGUGUGAAAAUGUUAUUGAAAUUCUUAAUACUUUAUUCUAGGGAAACCUUUUCUGAUUAUUUAAGUUCUAUAACUCAAUAAAAAUUCAGUAAUAGGAUGUCUAAUAUUAUAUUAUUAUAUAUAUAUAUAUAUUUAUGUUUUAAAAAAAAAAAUGAUUAAUUAAUAUAAUUAUGUAAUGUAAAAUGUAUAUGUACUUUUGUAUGGGGACAGGGUGGGGUAUGUUUUCAGUAGUAUAAUUAAAUACAUUUUAAGCAUGG